GUUAGGACGCCGCUAAUUUAGAUUUAGAUUUCGCAGAGUAUUAGAUUUUUGCUUAAGAAAAUAUUAAAGAUAUUCAAAUAAUGGUGGAGAAUAAUGAUAUUGCAUUGACUGAACAUGAAGCUGAGUUAUAUGACAGACAAAUCCGUUUGUGGGGUUUAGAAGCUCAAAAAAGGUUACGCGGAUCUAAAAUUUUAAUUGCUGGUGUUAAUGGUUUAGGGGCCGAAGUUGCGAAAAACAUUAUUUUAGCAGGUGUUAAAUCUGUUACUUUGUUAGAUGAUCAGAAUGUAACAUUAGGUGAUAGUUGCUCGCAAUUUUUGUCCCCAGUUGAUUCUAUUGGUUUAAAUAGAGCUGAAGCUUCAAUUCAUAGAGCUCGUGCACUGAAUCCAAUGGUAGAAAUUACUGCUGAUAAAGAAAAUAUUUCAGAGAAAAAAGAUGAAUUUUUUGAGAAUUUUGAUGUAGUUGUAGUAAUUGGUGCAUCAAUUGAGGAACUUUUAAGAAUUGAUAAUAUAUGUCGUUCCAAAAAUAUCAAGUUUUUUUCGGCUGAUGUUUGGGGAAUGUUUGGAUAUUCAUUUGCAGACCUUCAAAUUCAUGAGUUUGUUGAGGACAAAGUAAAACAUAAAGUGGUUUCAAAACCUCAUGAGAAAUCAAAAACAGAGUUGGUUACAUCUACAAUGAAAAGAACCUUAGAAUUCCCAGAAUUCAAAAGAGUUAUAGAAUUUGAUUACAAUACACCAGCAUAUGCAAAAAGAAUGAAGAGAGUUGGUCCAGCCUUUCCAUUAUUGAGAAUAUUGCAAGAAUUUCGGACAAAACAUAAAAGGGAUCCAAAUUAUGAGAAAAGGAUGGAAGAUAUAGAGGAACUUAAACAAAUUCGUGAUGAAAUUGCCGACAAAUUAGUGCCGGAUAAUGAUUUUGAAACUGUUUUUGCCCAGAUAUCACCCGUCGCUGCUAUAGUAGGAGGGCAAUUGGCUCAAGAAGUUAUUAAAACUGUUUCGAAAAAAGAAGCACCCAAUCUCAACGUGUUCCUCUUCGAUCCAAACACUUGCAAGGGUUUUAUUGAAGCAAUUGAAUAAAAAUAUAUGUGGAUUUGUAUCUGAAAUAUUAUUUAAUAAAAUAAAAAUUUUAAAAUCUGUAUUAUUAAUUAUAUUAUUGA